GUAAAAGGCGCCGCCUAUAGCGCUCAUGUGCACUAUUUUAUUAUUACUGCAUGGUGUUACUGCGUUUAUUUACUAAACACACAGCACCAGGAUCUUUACCUGUAUCUUGUUAAUCCUUCAGGUUUGAAGUUGUUCCACAUGAGGUGCUUUGCUGCAUGAUGGCGGAAUCACCCUUACCUGAAAUAUUUCCUAACGUGACCCUUCUCAUCGAUUCAGAAACAUAUGAGAAGCCAUGGACAGUUUUGGAUCAGGUUGGCAUAAAAACAAAAGAAGACGAGUCACUUCUGAGGGUCAGUGGAAGCUAUAAAGACAUUGAUAAAGUUUUUAUGCAACUAUCAUCUAUGAAGAUGAAAAAAGCCCAAUAUCAGAGCCCAAUAUCAGAGAGGAGCAAUGUAGCUGAGCACAGCAUGAACUCAGCCAGGCUGAAGUCAGCAUCCAGUGCACAAGUUGAACCAGUUGAAGUUGACACUUUCAUUAUGCAUUUCAUUCAACAAAAAUGCUUUGAAGAACUCAAUAAAAUGAAAAGGCCUGAUGUACACAUGCAAAUAAAUCAGAAACAGGUGACCUUUCUUUCCCUAGACACAGAACAUGGUAUAGUCCACGCUCAAAUGUCAAGAGAACGCUUUAUAACUUUCUAUCAGAAGAUCGCCACAGGACUGCAGAGUAGAUCGUAUAAUUUAGAUUCAAACCAAAUUCAGCCGUUGCUUGCAAAGUUUCCCGAGUUCCUAAUCAGCACUGGACAAAGUAAAACAGACCAAAUAACCUUGACUGGGAAAUUCAUUAGCCUUGAAAGAUUCGAGCAGUUCUUGAAAAGCCCUCCAAAAAGAUCUUCCACAAGACAAACCAACUACACAGCUGACAGGAGCACCACAACCUCCAGCCAGGCAUUACAGAAUAAAACCUUAGACAAAGAGGAAACUUGUUCCAUUUGUUUGGAGCAAAUGGUGAAAUCAACAAUGAAGACUCUGGAGAAAUGUAAACACUCUUUCUGUAAAGGCUGUUUAAAGAGGGCUUUCGAAAUUAAACCUGUCUGUCCUACAUGUGGAGCUAUAUACGGUGCACUCGAGGGAAACCAGCCGAAAAAUGGCCAGUUGAAAGUCACAUAUGAAAAGUACCCUCUCCCCGGCUAUGAAAACUACACAACAAUCGUCAUUCACUACAUCAUUCCAAAUGGAAUACAGGGGGAUGAACACCCAAAUCCAGGCCAGCCCUACAAAGGUGCUUCACGCCUGGCCUACUUGCCAGACUGCUCAGAAGGAAAAAAAGUUCUUAAGCUCCUUACACGAGCAUUUGAGCAAAGGUUAAUCUUUACGGUUGGACGCUCGUCAACCACUGGCAUAAGCAACGUGAUUACUUGGAAUGACAUUCAUCACAAAACGUCCCGCACUGGUGGGCCUACUGCGUACGGUUACCCAGAUCCUGAGUACCUGAAACGAGUCCAAGAGGAGCUGAAAGUGAAAGGAAUUUACUGACAUCAAACAGAAACUGACUUUGAAGACUAAAUUUCAUUAUUUCAACAUAAAACUAAGUUUUGUUGAUCUAUUGCGCUAUCCGGGAGAGACCGGGAAAAUCAGCCAAACAAAUUAGUCAUGUGGCAAAUGGAAUCCUGUGAUAAACUGGGGGCGUGAGAUUCGAACCACGGUAAAGCGGGGGAUUACUGUAAAUACUUUUUAUGUAUACUAUUAAAGGUACUGCUACAAUAUUUGUAAAUAUUUAAAUACAAUGUAGAGGCUACUUUGUAUUUAAACCCAAUAGUCACUGCAGCUUCUGUUGACUGGGUCAAAUGGCACUCACACCUGUUCCUUGUCACUUGGCCUCGCACUAUAGUCUCACCUUUCACAACACUCAUUGUUUCCUGUUUGUCUUCCACGGUUUUAGUUUGUGUUGAUUGUUCCUAGUUCAUGGCAUGUAGUGUUUUGUUCCACGGGCUUAGUUUCUAUGUUUUUUAUAUAUGACCUUUACAUUAAAAGGAAUAUCUGCACUUGCA